CGGGGAGGGAGAGGGAGAGGCAGAGCAGACGGAAACAGCCGGAGCCCACGUCCAGUCAAAACAAAGUCAGGCAAGAUUGAUGUUAUACUGAUGAACAGCAGAGAUGUCCAAUGACAGCCAUGGAUCUGCAAAGGGGGAGGCGGCCAUGACCCUGUCUCCCUCUGGCUCUGCCUCCUCUCAGGGAUCACCUCUCUCUCCUUCCACUUCCUCCAAACCGCAGGAGCUACCAGAGGAGUUGGUGCAAGCUGGCUGGUGUAAAUGUUGGUCCAAGAGAGAGAACCGUCCAUAUUAUUUUAACCGUUUCACCAACCAGUCCCUGUGGGAGAUGCCUGUCCUGGGUCAGCACGACGUAAUUUCUGACCCAUUAGGUCUUAAUGCAGCACCAGCAGUGGGUGGAGAUGGUAAUCUAGGCAAUGGCCAGAGGAAGAGACGGGUAUCUGAGGAACAGGCCGCGGGACCUAACAGUUUUAAACGGCCCAAGGUUGAGCCCACCACUCCCAUUUCUCCCAGCACCCCAGGGGUGAAGCCCUGGAGUUCAGCCCCAGAGGACAGACAGAGCCAAUUAGCAACCGCCACCACCCCUAGCUCUGCCCCUACCCCGUACAGACCAGCCAUAAUCUACUGGGACCUGGACAUCCAAACCAAUGCUGUGAUCAGAGAGAGACCCCCCGCACCACACCUGCCCCCCCAUCCAGAGAUUGAACUGCAGAGAGCUCAGCUGGUCACCAAACUACGUCAGCACUACCAUGAACUCUGCCACCAGAGAGAAGGUAUUGACCCACCUAGGGAGUCUUUUAACCGCUGGCUAUUGGAGAGGAAAGUGAUUGAUAAAGGUCAUGACCCCCUGCUGCCCAGUGACUGUGAUCCUGUGAUCUCCCCAUCCAUGUUUAGAGAGAUCAUGAAUGACAUCCCCAUAAGGUUGUCACGCAUCAAGUAUAAGGAGGAAGCCAGGAAGCUGCUUUUUAAAUAUGCUGAAGCUGCCAAGAAGAUGAUAGACUCCAGGAAUGCCAGUCCAGACAGCCGCAAAGUGGUGAAGUGGAAUGCUGAGGACACCAUGAACUGGCUACGCCGUGACCACUCUGCUAGUAAGGAGGACUACAUGGACCGUUUGGACCACCUCAGGCAGCAGUGUGGUCCUCAUGUGACAGCCGUAGCGAAAGACUCAGUGGAGGGAAUUUGCUCCAAGAUCUUCCACAUCUCAGCAGAGUACAGCAGGAGACUGCGACUGGCCCACCUUGCCCUGCUGAGAGACUGCAACAUCCCCGAAGUGUCGGAGCAGGCAGAGGUACAGGACCGGUUGGUUUAUUGUUAUCCUGUAAGGUUGGUCCUACAGUCGGCCCCUCAGCCACGUGUUGAGCUCCACUUUGAGAACGAGAUUGCCUGCUUACGCUUCAAAGGAGAGAUGGUCAAAGUAAAUAGGGGCCAUUUCAGUAAACUGGAGCUGUUGUAUCGAUACAGUUGUAUUGAUGACCCUCGCUUUGAGAAGUUCCUCUCCAGAGUGUGGUGCCUCAUCAAGAGAUACCAGGUAAUGUUUGGCAGUGGCGUUAAUGAAGGAACGGGACUCCAGGGGGCGCUGCCUGUUUCUGUUUUUGAAGCGUUAAACAAACAGUUUGGAGUUUCCUUUGAGUGCUUUGCUUCUCCUCUCAACUGUUACUUCAAACAGUUCUGCUCGGCCUUCCCGGACAUAGACUGCUUCUUCGGAUCAAGAGGACCCUUCCUGGAUUUCUCCACUGUCAGCGGGUCCUUUGAGGCCAAUCCUCCAUUUUGUGAGGAGCUGAUGGAUGCCAUGGUAACGCACUUUGAGGAUCUGUUGGAGCGUUCCAGUGAGCCCUUAUCAUUUAUUGUGUUUGUGCCGGAGUGGCGUGACCCCGUGACCCCAGCCCUCAGCAGGAUGGAGGGGAGCCGCUUCCUGCGCCAGCAGCUCAGUGUACCAGCCUACGAACAUGAGUACCGCUCUGGUAGUCAACACAUCUGCAAGAGGGAGGAGAUGUACUACAAGGCCGUCCAUGGCACCGCCGUGCUCUUUCUGCAGAACGCCGCCGGCUUCACCAAAUGGGAGCCCACAGCCGAGCGCCUAGCUGAGCUGCUGUCAGCCUACCGCACCUCCUCUUCUCGCUCCUCCUCACUCUCUUCCCCAGGCCCCUCCCCCGUUACCCCGGGAGACAAAGACUCCACCUCAAAAAUACCCGAGAGGACUGCGAGCACAGAGUCUGCUGGUAGCCACGACAACAACAACAACAACAGUAGCAGCAGUCCAGGAUGCAAGAUAACUGGCGUUUAGGAGAGGACAACAGGGUUCCCUCUGACGUGUGUGUGUGUGUGUGUGUGUGUGUGUGUGUGUGUGUGUGUGUGUGUGUGUGUGAGAGAGAGAGAGAGAGAGAAAAUCUGUCUUGUUGGGUUUUGGAAAUGGAGGUUUAUCAGCAUCGUCCUCAUCGUUUUAGAAACGGCAGCACUGAUAUGUUCUUUAUGAAACAGCUUGGGGGCUUAACUGAACUGUACUGAAACCAAUGGCAGAACCAAUCACUUCACUGACAGUCUGCAUCCCCAACAGUCUCUAGCUCUGUGGCUGACAUACCCUCUGACUCCCCUGUGACCUCUGACCCCCAGAGAAAUUAAAUAGAUUCAGUCAAAGCUAAAAAAGACUAGCUUUGACUGAAUCCAAUUUCCUUUCGGGGAGGAAUAAAGGGAUUCUGAUUCUUUGACUGAUGUUAUCUGCAAAUAGCACACACACACACACACACACAUUUCCAACGGCGCUAUAGUGGUUGAAGGUGGAGCUAAAUUUAAUUGCAGAUGUUGCUAGGCAACGUGUGUGGGGGGGCAUUAAGAGUGUUUUCAUUAUUUAUGAAGACAAGGCCUCCUUCGAUCAAACACAGAACAGUUUAGAAGUACACGUGUGAGGAAGUGAAUGUUGACAUCCUGUGUGUUGGGCAUUCUGCUCUGCCUGAAGGGGCACCAGAGCUGCAGCAGUAAGGCUCAGGACUGAUCUGUAUUGUGUGGUCCAUGACCCAUUACCCUUUCUGUUACUGACAGUCCCACCUUCUGGCUCUGCCACUGGAGACCCUGGGGGUCAGAGGCAUGCACUGGUUUCUGAUUGGUCCCCUGAUCUAGAGGGGACUGCUGUGAUUGGAGGAUUAAGCAGCUGUUGUUUUUGGCAGAUGUGCAGACAUGUGUGGUCUUAUGCGGUCACUGACAUUUUGUCCAUGAGUUAAACUGGAAGACUGUUGAUAAAAUCCAUCCCCCUGGUAGACCUGCUGCCACCCACCUUCUUCUGGGUGUCCAGCUGACAUGAGUUCCAGUAUGUUUUCAUAAAGCUGGCCCCCAGAGCUGACAUGAGCACCAGUAUGUUUUCAUAAAGCUGGCUCCCAGAGCUGACAUGAGCACCAGUAUGUUUUCAUAAAGCUGGCUUACAUGAGCAGCAGUAUGUUCUCAUAAAGCUGGCCCCCAGAGCUGACAUGAGCACCAGUAUGUUUUCAUAAAGCUAGCUGACAUGAGCACCAGCAUGUUUUCAUAAAGCUGGCCCCCAGAGCUGACAUGAGCACCAGUAUGUUUUCAUAAAGCUGGCCCCCAGAGCUGACAUGGGCACCAGUAUGUAUUCAUAAAACUGGCCUCCAGAGCCGACAUGAGCAGCAGUAUGUUUUCAUAAAGCUGGCCCCCAGAGCUGACAUGAGCACCAGUAUGUUUUCAUAAAGCUGGCCCCCAGAGCUGAUAUGAGCACCAGUAUGUGUUCAUAAAGCUGGCUCCCAGAGCUGACAUGAGCACCAGUAUGUUUUCAUAAAGCUGGCUGACAUGAGCAGCAGUAUGUUUUCAUAAAGCUGGCUCCCAGAGCUGACAUGAGCACCAGUGUGUUUUCACUGUGGUUCAACUCAGGAUAGUUUCUAGUUGACUGAGGCAUGCUAGUGGUGCUCGCUGGUUCCCUUCUGUCAGUUUC